AUAAAUAGAAGUAUCAAGUAUCAUCGAUUUACUCCGGGAUCAUGUGAUGGCUUCUGAUGAUCUCUCUCUCUUAUCUCUAGAAGACGAAAGCUCACGAAGACGGUCUGCCACUGCAGCAGAUUUCGACGACGACAAUGAGAAGUCUCUGUCAGACAGCUGGGUGAAAGUGAGCGCUGCAUCUACGAUUGAAGCUCAGAAGAGACAGAACAACCAAUUGUUUGGGUUCAAGAAGUGGAAGAGCCACGUGACGAGAAGGCCGUUAGCAGUUCGUUCUGACGUAGUGAAAGAGCUUUAUUCUGAACCUAAGAUUGUCAAACAAGUCUGCAAGUGGAUGGAUCAACAGAUGCUGCAAAUAUAGAAGUUGAACUGUUCAUGGCAAUCUGUUUGGAUCCGUAUACUGAUGAUGGCAGAGUGCACGUUCGAAAACUGCUUCUUUUCCCUUGUAGUGGGACUGGUGAAGGUUUGUAUCAAUGUUUCUGCGAUGCUGUGAAGUUUGUCGGGUUGACAACUGGAAACAAAACUUAUCGGUCCUGGUUGUGAUGGUGGUACUGCCAAUAUAAUAUGUCUACUAGUCGUGGUUUACAUAGAUUUCUAAAAGAUGUUCCAUGGGUAAUGGUAUCUUGGUGCUUAGGACAUCGUUUAGAACUUUAUAUUAGAGAUGCAUUUGAAUCGACGUUCUUCACAACCACCAAUGAAUUUCUGCUUCAAGUCUACUUUAUGUAUGAAAAAUCUUUUUAAAAAUGUCGAGAGUUAAAGCAGGUGAUAGAAGAGCUUAAGGUUUGUCUUGAAGAUUCUGACUUGCCUAGGGCUGGUGGGCUUCGCCUACUUCGUGCUUGUGGCACGCAUUUUGUAUUGCACAAAAUUGCUGCCUUAGCCCGUCUCAUUGACAGGUUUGGAGUAUACAUUAGCCAUCUGACUACGCUGAGUCAAACAUUACCACGCUCAGGUGAGCAUCAGACUCUUCAUGGUUAUAUACUAAAGUGGACAAAGUCAAAUUGUGUUGGGUUGUGCAGUGUUUCACAACAUUCUUAAACCAGUUGCUGUCUUGUCAAAAACUUCGCAUGAAGAAGACUUGUGCACUGUUCGUGCCAUUGAUUCUAUCAUGAAGACAAAAUCUAGACUUGACAAGCUACGAGUUACUGCAUUCCAAGAGUUACCUUCUGUAAAAAAGGUAAUCGGAAGAAUAAAAAACGAUAGUAACAAUUCUUUUCUUUUGCUGUAUCAGGUCGUACACUUGAAAGACUACAAACCAUCGCUAGAGUACUUGGAAACCCACUAAUUUUCUUGGAUUGCUCAUGUAGCUGUUGACUGUUUAUGGAUAUCAUAAGGCAUGGUGACACUGAUCUUUUGCACUCAUCGUGUUAAAUUUGGCUGCCUUUUUAUUAACGUGCGUUAUACCAAACAAAUUAAAAUCAGGUUUUGAUGCUCCUGAGUAAGUUAGUUAUGAUGGAAAUAUGUUUGAAUCAAUUCUAGCUGUGAAGUCUAAUCAAUUUAAAAUUUUAGUCUUGUGUAGCCAGUCCCUCCCACUUUUGAUAUCAAAAGGGGAGGGGAUGGCUACGUGAGACUAGGGGUGCAUUUCUUUUGCCUCUUCUGCUCUUCUGGAAUAGAGGUGUCAGAAGAGAACAGAAGAGGUCGAUCAUGCGCAGUCUGAUCAGAAGAGCCAAGCCAAAGAAAUGACCAGAAGAGGACCUAGAAGAGCUGAGCAUGCGCAUUAAUAGUUUAGCACGUCCAGACGUACUCUAGUUGUGAAAUUAAUUAGCAAAAUAAGGUUUUCCUUAAGAAAUUGGAUCUCUACUUGAAGAGGCGACUUCUACAACCGUUGUCUCCGUUUCUGGUGCCUUAAAGGGGGUCCUUGGAGAACACCCACUAGCAGCAGCUGUAGUUGUGGGACUUGAUAUUACUGGAAGACCACUUGGUUUCCAAAGCAGUGGAAGCGAAGGACGCUCAUACGGCUCCAUCGAUACGCGUGUUUUUAAUGCGAAUGUCUCACAAGUCACAAAAGAAACGACCAGAAGAGGUCGCAUGACUCUUCUGGCCUCUUCCAGAAGAGCAGAAGGGGCAAAAGAAAUGCACUUAUGUCCAGACAACGUUGAAACCUUAAU